GCCGUGAGGGGACGUCGCCCCAACGGCCAAGCGCGCGUCCACGCCGCCUCCCUUUCCUCAGCCGCAGCCACCCGGGCCCCGGCCCCGCAGCCCGGCAUCAAUCACGGCCGCCCUUCAGCCAAUCGGCGGCGGGGAUGGCGGUCACGCGGGGCGGGUCGCGCAGACUCACGGAGCGCCCCUGCCGCGCGGCCUCCGUUACGGCCCGCCCUCUCGUCGAGGUCGCGCCAUGGGGCCCGGCCGCCUCUCGCGGGCGCCGCUGCUGCUGCUGCACUGCCGCCGGGCGCUGAGCGCGGCCCGCCGUUCCCUGAAACCGCCGUACAGCCGCUCGCUCGGCUCUGCCGCCGCCGCCCUCCGCCUGUGUGCUCCUCAGCGGCCGCCGGACGGGCGGGCGGGCGGCAGGGGGCGGUGGAAGGGAGGAGCGGGUGCCGGCGGGGAUGAUGAUAAUGAUAAUGACGGCGAUGAAGAUGAGGAAGAGGAGGAGGACGAAGAAGAUGACGCAGAGCUGGAGGAGCUGCUCGGCCCCUCGCCGCUCGAGCCGCAGCUCGGAGCGCACCGCGUGGCUGUGGUGCAGCCGGCGGUGAGGUGGGGCCCGAAGAAGCCGCUGCUCACCACGGCUGAAUUACAGAUUGCUGAAGCCGUUGCUCUUGUAGAUACCCUUCAGAACUGGACAAUUUUAGAUAAAAUAAUUAUUCCUACCAAAAAUCCUGACAAGAAGUUCAUUUUUGGCAAAGGAAACUUUGAGGCUUUGACAGAAAAGAUUAAAAAAUUACCCCACGUGACAGCUGUCUUCUUGAAUGUGGAAAGAAUAUCUUCAGUAACAAAGAAAGAACUGGAAGAUGCCUGGGGUGUGAAAGUCUUUGACAGAUACACAGUUGUGCUUCAUAUUUUUCGUUGUAAUGCGAGAACUAAGGAAGCAAAACUCCAGAUUGCGUUGGCUGAAAUUCCACUCCUCAGGUCAAAUCUAAAAACUGAGGUGUCUCAUCUAGAUCAGCAGAGAGGUGGAUCAAGAUACAUCAUGGGCUCAGGUGAAACUUUCAUGGAGACACAGAAUCGUCUCUUGAGAGAAAAAGAACUUAAAAUUAGGAAUGCCUUGGAGAAACUAAGAAGAAAAAGAUCUUUGCUCAGAACUCAGCGCAGAAAACGCGAGUUUCCAAUUAUCUCAGUAAUGGGCUAUACUAAUUGUGGGAAAACUACAUUGAUCAAAGCCUUGACGGGGGAAGCAGGAAUUCAACCCCGAAAUCAGCUGUUUGCUACUCUUGAUAUUACUGCUCAUGCCGGCUAUCUGCCCUCACAUAUGGCAGUCAUAUAUGUUGACACUAUUGGUUUUCUGACUGAUCUUCCACAUAAUCUGGUCGAGUCCUUUUCAGCUACAUUAGAAGAAGUUGCUUACUCAGAUCUGAUAGUUCAUGUGAGGGAUAUUACUCAUCCUGAAACCAUCCUCCAGAAAGCAAGUGUUUUAUCAGUUCUGAAGAAUCUUAAUCUUCCAAACCAUUUGCUGGAAUCAAUGGUGGAAGUUCAUAACAAAGUGGAUUUGAUAGAAAGCUAUGAACCCACUGAAGAAAAUGCUUUAGCUAUUUCUGCUCUACAUGGGCAUGGUUUAGAAGAGCUGAAAGAAGAAAUAGAGAAAAAAAUUCUGAAAGCAACGGGAAAGAAGAUUCUGACAAUUACAGUCAACUUACAGGGACCUCAGCUAAGUUGGCUCUAUAAAGAAUCAACGGUUCAGGAUGUAGACGUCAUGCCUGAUGAUGGUACAGCCAGGGUGAAGGUGAUCAUCAGCAACUCUGCUUUUGGCAGAUACAGAAACCUCUUUCCUAGCAGUAAGAUUUUUGUACCAUGAAAUCCUUCUGUCAAAAAAGACACUGAUCUCAUUAAGAAGACUGGAAUUAAGCUAGUGGCCUGGAUACUGGAGAGUUUAUUUCUUAACCAGUUGAUGCUUUCGACACGUUGUAGAAAUGGACGGUGAUUCAGAAAACUUUUGUUUGAAAACAACAGCUUUGAGCUUCAUUCUGGCAACAAGAGCAAGGAUAGCAGUAAUUUUUAUGUUGGAAUAGUCAUUGACUCUGAACCUCAAAUGUGGAAUCACAGGAUGGCAUCUAAGUUAACCUUCAGGAAAAUACUACAUCAUAUAAUGACUUUUUUAAUACCAUUUUUCAGAAUAAAAUAUUUGUUACAGACAAGGUGUCCCUUGGUCAUCAAAAAAUGAAAGUUACUGAAGAAAACACUGUUGCCUGUAUAUAAAUAAUAGAGAUAUUUCCACGUAUUCUGCUUGAAUAUUUACUUAAAUAAAUGCCAUUUAUUACUGCAGUGAAGCAGAAACAACACUGAUGUGUAUAUUUAAGCAAGUAAUAAAGUGAAAAGUGAGCUGUGAACAUCUUCAUCCACAAUACCCACUACUGUGUCAAUCCUUACUGAAAAAACGUCAGUAUUACAGAAAGGAGAAACAAAACUGUAUUUCAGUCUUUAGUACACAAAAAAAGAUUUAUUAGGAAAAGAGACAAGACACUUGAAAGGUACAAAAGAUAGGCAGAAAAACAUUCUGAGUUAGAACAGCACUUCGUGCACGUGGCGGCUAUUUAAAGAACCAAACUGAAUGACUGCUCUCUAUGAAGUAAACACAAGUGAGAUCAAGCAUAAACAGCACUGUAAAUAAGCAUUUAGAAAGUCUUCUAACUAAGUGGAAUGUUUGGUUUUCACUCCUACAUAGUCUGCAAUUGUGGGAGACUGCAUGAAGAGGUAGCAUCUUCGCCUUUCAUCCCUAGAAGUGAAAGGUAACUUUGAUCUGGUAUUAAGUAGCAAUCCAUUUGGAAGUUAGGCAGCUACCUACUGCAAACACAACAUCUUGCCAGACACUUCAACUCAAUUUCUAUGUGUAAAGUGCAUAUAAAAAGUGAGGUAUGUUGAUGACGCUGCAUAGUAACUUUAUACAAUGCCUCUUUUGUUUUAGCCCUGAUCUUUGUCCUUCCUCUUACCUUCACGAUCAUCUGUUAUUGCACAGUUCAUUUAGAAAAAUAGAAUUAAUUUACAUAAAACAGUGUUUAAGCAAGUAAAGAAUACUUAUCAAGAGGAAAAAACUAUAGUACUACAAAAAUAUGUAAAUAAAGGAACAUCAGUCGUGAAACCUCACAUAAGCAUGACGAUCCAAUGAUCUGUAUUUUUAGAGCAGUCUGAGUUCAGACAGAAAGCAGACACAUAUGAAACUAAUUUCUAAUGUAAGAGGUGUUUUUGCAGCUCCUAAUAUAAAAACAUUUUACUGCAGCAGACAAAACUGUCCAUGGGUCUGACUGUGGCAGAACUGGCAUCGAUGAUAACAAGAACAAAGUGUUCUGUUACACAUCUCUUAAAAAUAGUAGGAAUGUUGUGACUACCAUGCUGGUGAAAUGGUUCACAACUGAUAUUCAGCACAUGAUACAGCUAAUACUAGAUCUCCAGAUUGAUAUGCAUAUAAAGAUUGUGGCAAGUAAGAAUAUCAGUAUCUUUGAUAGGUUAAAAAUUUUUUUUUCAAUUGCUCACUUGUAUAUUCAAUACAAACCAUGAAAACAGCAAGUUAGUUUCACACUGAUAAAAUACUGAGAAUUGGGGUUGCAAGUAUGUGCAGAAAGAAAAUAAAAUCACAGAAU